AUGGAGGCUUCAGCCAACAACCCCCCUGAUGCAGUCGGCAUGCUGCCAGCGCCUAUCUGGUUUCGAAUCUUCCGCCUUCUGCAUCAACCGCCCUCCCAACCGGACGACCCUGCUGUCCUCGCCCAUAGGGAAGCCCCUGAGGAUCCUGCUGCGAAGGCAGCGCGAUUGGCUGCCCGUGAGGCUGAAUGGGUCCGCACUCCUGGGUUCACUGCCUGGCAACCGUGGGGCCACCCUGCAAGCAGCGCCGGGCUCACUGCCUGGGGCCAGCUGGGCCAGCCUGCAAGCAGCGCAGGGCUUACUUCCCAGCUGGGCCAGCUGAGCCGCCCUGCAAACAUCACAGGGCUUACUUCCCAGCCGAGCCAACCUGCAUGCAGCACAGGGGUCACUGCCCAGCUGGGCCUCCCUGCAAACAGCACAGGGAUCACUGCCCAGCUGGGCCUCCCUGCAAACAGCACAGGGAUCACUGCCCAGCUGGGCCUCCCUGCAAGCAGCACAGGGCUCACUGCCCAGCUGGGCCUCCCUGCAAACAGCACAGGGCUCACUGCCCAGCUGGGCCUCCCUGCAAACAGCACAGGGCUCACUGCCUGGGGCCAGGUGUGUCAUGAAGCCAGCUUUCACACCUCAGCUGCCUCAAAUCUCCCAUUCUUCCACGUUUUCCCACCCCACGCACUUACAAUAGCGGCAUGGCUCAAGUCGAUUUGCAAGCUGACCCUGGAGCAUGCGGAUUUCGAGAGCUUGAGCUUCCAGUUUCUCGGGACCAUCACGCCACAGCUGCACGAGUUUACGCUCUACGAGGACGGCAACAUCUCUCGCCUCCGUGACGCCGUAGGAGGUUCCACCUUGCCCCCCAUCAGCCUCGCCUUCUCCUUCUCCAACGCCCGCCUCCUCCGCUUCUGCUUUGCCAAGACUGAGCUACAGCUCACCCUCACCGUGCCGCCCUCGCUCGAGAGCCUAUCAGUGAUGGCCAAGUGGCUCGUGCUCUCCUGCAAGAGCACCGCCCCUCUCGCUCUCCACCACCUCUCGCUGUACGGCCAGGAGCGCCUCGUCAUCUCCUCCCUCCGCCUCGCAUCCGCCAGGGUUGCCUACUUGGACGGUCCUGGCAAGGAUCAAGAUGGUUUCUCCUGGACCGAAUUGCUUGGCGCUAUAGCUCCAACGGUGGAGGUGCUUAUUGUGAGGCACGGUGUGUCUUUACAGAAGGUGGAUGCAGAGUGGGGGAGGCUGCGGAGCCUUGGGAUUGUCCUGCCACCGUGGGACAAAGAUGCUCGUGCGAACAGCUGGAACAUAAGAAUGGUCACAAAUGGUGGUGAGUGUGAGGAGCAUUUAGACGAUGGCAGGUUGCGGUUUUCUUGGGAAGAUGACCCCGGUUAUUUGAGCGAAGAGCCGGAUGAGGAAUUGCAUGAGGAUGAAUGGAUGUUUGAUGAUGCUGCCGAUGAUGAUGAGGAUGAUAAUGAUGACGAUGAUGGUGUUGGUGGGGAUGAGUAUUACCGCCUCGCAUGGCAAAUGUAUGGUCCAGCAAUUAAAGCCAGGAUGAGGGCUCGGCGGCGGAUGAAGAAGGCCUUCCCCAAGCCGCCGCCCAUCUGCGCUCCGAAUCUGCGGUUCCUCUUCUUCCCCACCCGCAAGGCGUGUAAUGCGCCUGCACUGGCUGCACUGCGGCAGGACUACCCCGCCCUGGCGCUCUACUGUGUGGUGGACCGCUCCUUCUACUGGCACAGGAAAGGCAAGACAGUGAGCAAUGGGCCACUCGAGCAUGUGAGGAGCGAGAAGAGUGGGGUGUGGGAUGAAGAAGAGGGGAAGCGGGCCAAGAAUGUGAGGGAGAAGAUGCACAGUGUGAAAAGGAAGCUGGUGGAGGGGUACUGUGCUGGGGAGGACCAGAUGUACGUGGUGCAGUACCAGUAG